AUACUGCAGUUUCUCCUUCCUCUGCAGUCCCUCAUUCUGACUCUGAUUCUUCUUCUUUCAAUCCUGAUGCUGCCAUUCCUUCACCAUACUCUAAAGUUUCUUUUCCAUGUAAUAUUUGUCCAAUGGCUAGACAAACUAGAUUGCCUUUUCCUGAUAGCUCAAUUCAUAGCUCUAAGCCUUUCCAAAUUAUCCAUGUUGACACUUGGGGACCAUAUCACACAUAUGCUUACUCAGGUUCUAAAUACUUCCUUACUAUUGUUGAUGAUUUCACUAGAAGCACUUGGACUCACUUAAUGGGCUCCAAGAGCAAUGCUUUCCCUCUUCUUAAGGCUUUUGUUGCAAUGUUAAAGACACAACUUCUUGUGACUAUUCAGUGUAUAAGAGAUGUGGUUUUUCAUGAGCAGCAUUUUCCUUUUUCCUCAUAUUUCUCCUUUCCUGUUAAGUCUGAGUCCCAAUUGUCGGCUGUUCCUUUACCUUUUUUUCCCCAUGAUUGUCCUAUGCCUUCUCCUUCCCCUGAAGUUGCUACCUCACCCCUUGCCCCUCCUGGUCCUACUUCCACACUUGUUCCCUCAUCUCCUACUCCUCCUAGUACCUCUUCUCCUCCUGACAUAGAUGUUGCAGUUUCUCCUUCAACUGCAGUCCCUCAUUCUACCCCUGAUUCUUCUUCUUUCAAUCCUGAUGAUACCAUUCCUGCACCAUAA